AUGCCGAGGCAGUACGAGAGUUUGGUCGUGCUCGUGCUCGCGCUGAUCGUCCACGCGAUCCCGGCCGAGGCGACGAUUCCGCAGCGCCAGGACUGCAGGAGCAAUCCGUGCAUGUACGGCAUCUGCGUCGACGACCCCAACAGCUCCUACCGAUGCUACUGCAUCGACGGCUACACGGGCAUCGACUGCGACAUCAACUGGGACGACUGCUGGUCGAGCCCGUGCCUCAACGGGGGCACCUGCAGCGACGCCAUCGCCUCGUACAACUGCAGCUGCCCCGAGGGCUACGUGGGCCUGAGCUGCGAGCAGCGCUACAGCGAGUGCAUGAACCAGCCGUGCCUCAACAACGGCACCUGCCUCGAUCGCGAGGGCGGCCUCAGCUGCAUCUGCCUCGAAGGCUUCAGCGGCGAGUACUGCGAGAUCGACGCCUCGGUCUGCAAUCAGACCGUCUGCCGGAACGGCGGCGAGUGCCAGGAGGGUCCGGGCCUCUCCUUCGUCUGCCGCUGCCCCGACGGCUGGCAGGGCCCGCUCUGCGACCAGGACGUGGACGAGUGCUCGUCGUCGUCGACGCCCUGCCGGAACUCGGGCCUCUGCAUCAAUCUGCCGGGCAGCUACGCGUGCGCCUGCCUGUUCGGCUACACGGGCAAGGACUGCGACAAGCGCGUCGUGCCCUGCGAGCGCAAUCCCUGCGCCAACAACGCCGUCUGCCUGUCCGAGGACUCGCAGCCGGUCUGCUACUGCGUGCCGGACUAUCACGGCCAGUUCUGCGAGCAGCGCUACGACGACUGCGAGUCCAAGAACGCCCACUGCGCCAACGGCGGCACCUGCAUCGACGGCGUCAACAAUUACACCUGCUCGUGUCCGCCGCCCUACACGGGCCCCAACUGCAACCACGUGCUCAGAUUGCCGCCGUCGUCUUGGUCCACCGUCCACGAAGUCGCCACCGCUGCCACCGUGGCCAGCACCGGCACGACUGCGGAGACGCUGGCCCCGGUCACGUUCGGCUACGCCACGACCGACGGCGGCGAACCGACGGUGACUCGUCUUACCGAUCUGCUACCGAUCACUACCGCUAGCUCGUCGGUCGCGAGGGUCUCCGAGGCUACCGCUCGGCACGAGGAUGGUAACGCGACGGGUCGAGAGCCGAGCACGGUGUCCCCUGGUGUUCGCUACGACCCGCAGGACCCGCUCAAAAAGACUACCAUGGCCGAUCUGCCGAGCGAGCAACCUACGACGGAGUACACGACUCUGCCGUUGGAGAGCCGUAGCGAGGGCGACGAGGAGGCCGCGGUUCCACCGCCCACUACGACGAUACUACCGCCCGACCUUCGGCCCGACUUUCACGAGCUGCCGACUACCAUGAAAAGUAUCGAGGAUGGCUCAGCUUUUACGUUGUUCACGACGGAAUUCGUCGAGACGGUUUAUCCGGCACUGAUGCACACUACCGACGCUCGAGCUGAUAAGUCUAUCGGGGAUAACGCGACCACCAUCAAAACUCUCAUCACGCUUUCCGACGAAAUUACGACGACAACGACCACAACGACUCCGAAGACUUACGCGUUUACCGAUUCGAGCAAAACUACGAUUACCACGAGCGAUCGCGAUGACUGGAGAACGAUCGCGCCUGUUGCUACGACUGCGAACGAUCUACCGAUUUCAAAGGGAGUCGCGUCAGUCGAAUCGCCAGGUCGAGAGGAAGAAACGACGGGUGGCAGUAGCGGCGGAGAUUCUACCGUGAGACCAACACCGACCGGUAGCGAUACCUCGGGAUCGGUUCUAAGCGGAAGUACGCGUAUGACUGCUCGGCCGAUCAUGACCGCCAGGCCGACCUCGCAGACCAUCGAAGUGCUCGAAACGGCCAGCACGAUCGACAGCAGCACCGACGAGGACUUCACCAGCGUCACCGAGUUUCACAGGGUCACUUUUGGCGUGGACAUGAACGUUCCAACGAUGUCAACGACGACGACGACGACGACAGCGACGGACGAGCAGCCAACGAUCGGCGAGAGACCACCCGUUGCGUCGGUUCAUGCCUGCAACAAAGAUCAGUGCGCGAACGUGUCGCUCUGCGUCGACAACGGAACACGCUGCGACUGCAGCCACCGCGACAAUUGCCGCCUCGAUGGACCGGUGGUCACGAGCCCUGCUGGUGGCGUCAGCAGCGUCGAGCACGCGGCCUUCAACGGCAAGUCCUACAUCCGUCAGAAGUUCGCGAUCGACUCGGGCGAGCUCGACAUCUUCAUCGGGCUGAGGACCAAGGCCAAGAGCGGCAUCAUCGUGCACGCCCUGUUCGACGACGAGCGCUACGUACUCCUCUACAUCGAGUCCGGCCAGCUCAAGUUCCAGUUCUCCUGCGGCCUGCAGACCAUGAUGUUCGGCGAGCUCGACGCCCCGGUCAACAACGGCCACGGCGUCGACGUCGAGAUGAGCUUCAGCUACAUCGUCGAGGCCGCCUCGGACAAGUGCUCGGCGCGCCUACUCGUCAACGGCAGCCUCGCCAUGAGCGGCGAGCAGCUCCUGCACGGCCACGAGGCCGUGCCCCAGUACGCGAGGCUUCACCUGGGCGGCAUACCCGUGGCCUUCUCCCAUCAGUUUCCCCAGAUCGUUAUGGGCUUCGUGGGCUGCAUGAGCUCGCUCAGGGUGAACGGCCUUCAACGGGACUUUAUUCGCGACGCCGUCGAGGCGGUCCACAUCGAGGAGUGCAACUCGUUCCUCUGCCUGUCGAGUCCUUGCAAGAAUUACGGAGCUUGUGAGGAGACAGAUGGUAAGAUCAUCUGCAGUUGCGUGUCUGGAUAUACCGGCGAGUUCUGCGAGAAAUCGGCCUGCGACAACAAUCCUUGCCACUUGGGAGCCACGUGCUUGGCCUCGCCCGGGGUCAAUUUCAUUUGCGUCUGCCCGCUUGGCACCCACGGCCAAUUCUGCGACAAGGACACGACGAUAGCCCAGCCAUCGUUUACAAUAUUCUCGCCGGGGGUCUCGUCUUACAUGGCCUACGGCGUGAGCAGCUCGCUGAAGGACAGCAUGGAGCUGAGGCUGCGCAUCAUACCUCAAGCUCUGGAUCAGAUAUCCUUGAUCGCGUAUCUGGGCCAGUCGACGGGCACGAGACGCGACUCGUCCGACCACUUCUCCGUCACGUACGUGCGCGGCUAUCUCAUGCUCACCUGGGACCUCGGCUCGGGCGUCAGGCGCAUCUUCACCAGCUCGCCGCUCAGUCUGAGGCCGUCCAAGGCGCAUUACCUGCAGAUCGGCAGGCGGGGCCGCGAGUCCUGGCUCUACGUCGACGGCAUCGGAAACGUCACGGGCCGGGCCGCCGGCGCCAAUACGCGCCUCGACGUUUCGCCGAUUCUUUACAUCGGUGGCCACAAAUCAAGAUAUUUUGAGGCGCUGCCACACGACUUGCCGCUUCAUACGGGCUUCUCUGGCUGCAUUUACGAUGUAGAGCUGAGAACCGACGACACGGUCUUCCCGGUGGUGACGAUGUCGAGCCCGGCGACCGGCCGAGGAGUCGGCGAGUGCCAUCGCAACGAGUGCCUUCGUCACUCGUGCAAGAACGGUGCGGUUUGUUUGAAUUACGGCCCGACUUACAGCUGCAUUUGCAUGAAAGGCUGGGAAGGAUCCGAUUGCUCGAGUCCUAUCAAUUGCACUAGCUCUAACUCAUUGUGCCACGCUAACAGCAAAUGAAAUACUCAAAUGCGAAAGAAAUCCA